GUCUUCACUGUCAACGCCAAAAUAAAACGAGUAAAAAACUUUUCUGUGUGUCGGACUCUUAAGGUUACAAACACAUGGCAGCGGGGGUUACGAGGCUGGAAGAAGAGCCGUUGUUCCCCGGGCUGUGAUGGUUUCUGGAGCCGGGCUCUGUGCGCCGAGCAGAGGAGGCUGUGUUUUCUCUCUCUUUCCUGGGGUCUCACGGGGAGAGCCAGCGGGCUGGAGCAGUUUAGCCGACUUGCUAGCUUAACGUCAAGUUGGAAGAAAGUGGAGAAGACGCCGGCCAGACGGCAGCUUAACCGCCUACACAGACCUAUGCGACGGACAGCAGGUAAGUGAUGGAGACGAGAGAGUUGAGCGUGGUAGCUGGCAGCUUCGUGGGUUUCCAGCUUCUCUUCUCAGUGGCCAGCCCGCGGCUCUCCUCCGCCUUCACACCAGGUUAUGGACGACUGCCUCCCGUGAAGCUCACCGAGUGGAACUCCAGGUUGGUGUCUACCGUGCACGCCUUGAUUGUGGGCUUGUUCUGUUUGUACAUCCUGUGGUUCGAUGAUGUGGUCAACGCCAACCCUGUCUGGGGUGACCCCUAUCUUGUCAAACUAAAUGUAGCCAUAACCUGUGGCUACCUCCUUUAUGACCUCGUGCUGCUAGCAUGUAACUGGAGCACUAUGGGGGACAGCUUUUUUGUCUGCCACCACUUGGCGGCGCUCUACGCCUAUGGAUAUGUGUUGACACGUGGCGUGCUUCCCUACUUUGCCAAUUUUCGUCUCAUUUCAGAGUUAUCCACGCCGUUUGUGAACCAAAGGUGGUUCUUUGAGGCAUUAAAGUACCCCCGCUCACACCAGCUGGUGGUGUUGAAUGGCGUUGCCAUGUCGGUAGUGUUCUUUCUCGUGCGCAUCGCCGUCAUGCCGUCCUACUGGGCCAGUGUUUUCGCCACUUUCGGCACUCCAGAAUUCGAGCGGCUGGGUUUGGGUGCUCAGGUGGCCUGGAUCACCUCCUGUAUCGCCCUGGAUAUCUUGAACACUAUCUGGAUGUAUAAAAUCACCCGCGGCUGCUACAAAGUCCUGACCGGGAGAGGAGGGCGAAAGGCGAAGGAAGGAGCGGAGGCGUCAUCUCCCUCGGACAAGAAGCACGUCAACAACCACACAGACUGAAGAGAUUUAGAGCAGAAAGGAUAUGAGACCUGAGCAGGGAGGGAGGCUGGACACCCAGGAACCUCACAGCCUCUCUCUUUUGCUGCAGCCUCGACGUCCCUCCCACACCCACCCUCAGUCUCAGCCCUUGAUCUCCUUGAAGUCGGAUAGCAGACCGGGCAAAGAGUUCUCAGGUUCUGACCCCGACAUGGGACAAGGAGACUGCUCUUUGACUCAAUCAAGCACCAGCGCUCGCAGCCUCAGUGUUUUCACUGACAGAUUAGCAUCCUGCUGGGUAAUAGCUUUCGGUCGCAGACGACAAGGUACAGCUCACAAGCACACUUUUACCGCCAUCUGUUACUCGCCUCUUCUGUCACUACUCACCGUUCCUCUGUCACCUCCUCUCAGUCCCCUGGAAAACUCGACUUCAGCCAAAGCCCAAUCCUCUGAAGUGCCUGUGAAAAACAGGAAAGCAAUAACAGUGGAGGAGUAGGAUCAUGAACAGAGUUUAGCCCCUUCAGAAGAUCUCACUCACCGUCACCCCUAGACAACUUCUUCUCUCGCUCAUUCUGCACCCACACCUGAGGAGACGUGGCCUAGAGAGUGAAGAACUCUCACAUCCGACCCAUACAGUGUUUGUGAAUCUAUAGGGCUCUUGUCUUAAACUCAUCAAACCUCACAAAAAGAGACAGAAAACACCAUAAUGCCUCUUCUACAGUAUCACCUGCUGUGGCCUCCUUGUAACAAGUGGCGCCUACCUAUAUCACCAGCCAUGCCCCUCCAACUUCUUUAUAAUUUGGAUUUUUUAUUCAAAACACUGAGAAUAUGCAUGCAGGGAAGAGACAGACACACUCUCCAACAUCCUUAGCUUCUCACAGGAUGGCUUUGUGUUGUCAGUAUUCAUCGUGGUGGCAUCACUGUGUUUUUUUGUUUGUUUUUUAGUCAUUUACGAUAGUCUACAGUAAUUUCAUUAGUCUAUCUUUCAUUACAAACCUCUGCCUCACUGGGUAGGGCUCCACUAUCCAACUUGAACGUUUUUGUUCUACCUCUCCCUCUGCCUUACGAAGACGCUGUCAGUCGAGUCCUCAUGAGUUGAUCUGUUGUGUUUCUUUUUCUUCUUUUCACUGUAAAAAGUGACUUUAUGCUUCAAAACAUGAUCCAUUGUGAUAUCACUGGCUCAGAGGUACUUCUCCCUCUCCUCUUCCUCUUCCUUGUAGCCAUCUUCAGAGCUUAUUCCAGCCAAUGCAGUGAAACAGAGCAGCAUGACUUUCCUCACAAACUCUAUCCAAGUCUGUGCAGUCACCCCCAGAGGCUUCUUCCAUGUCUCUCCUCUGUUCUCGGUGACUCAGAGAAUCUAAUUGAUGGAGGGAGUAGGAAAAGUUCACACACAAAUCCACGUCGUGUUCCACUGCUUUUUUUUUUCUUCCUUCCUCAAAUUUGCACAUACACAGGUAGCGUGCAAUCCAAACACUGUAUUUGGUGCCCUUUUAAAACACCAAUGUGGUGCUCGUCCUUUUGCAGAAUGUCAGCGAUGGGAAUGCUAGCAAUAUGCCAUUUUUUUUUCGAAAUUCUCUGUCGAAUAAUCAGAUUCGUUUGGAUGUACCCAACAUGUGAUAACAACACGCUGUCGAAAAGCAACGUGGCAAUCUGCAUGUCUGUUUUCAUUUUUCUGUAUAAACUGUAAAUCAUCAAUGUAGAGCAUGGUAAGAUUGACAUAUUUCUGUGAUGCCUUAGAGAAUAGUAGAUGAACCACAUCUAAAUAUUAAUUGCAUUAAUCCAAUGCUAAAAAGGGGUUUGUCUUCCAGAAAUGUUUCUCCCUCUCAGAGCAUACUCAAAGCAUGUACGUAUAGUAUUUUGGAUUAUUUCCUCCUCUCCCUGCAUGUCUGUACAGUAUAUACACAUACAGGAGCUAUGCAGGCACCUCCUGCACGCUGUAUGUCUAACUCACUAAAUCUUACCACAUUCUCUGUACGCCAGUCGGCUUUACUUAGUUUUACAAAUUCAUUACUUCUUCUUGUCGUACAGUCGUCCGUCGGCGGACUCUAAACUACAUAGCUGAUAUCAUGACGGACAGAAACACAGGAGGUGGUUCAGGUUUGCCUCACAUGUAGAAAUAGAUGAUCAGGAAUGAGAUCUACAAAGGAUAAGUUUGUACUUGCAGGUUUACUCAUGUUUCUACCAGAGUACUCCAUCAGUUUAGCAUCACACUCUCAUAACGCUGUCGGACUCUUACUGGACAGUUUUUAAAUGAUACUUCAUUUGUAUUUCCAUUUCUGCAUUGCUGUAGUGGGAUAGCACAUAAAUCAGGGGUGUCAAAGUCAGUUUAGUUCAGGUUCCACAUUCAGCUCAAUUUGACCUCAAGUGACCAGUAAAAUCACAGAAAAAUAACCUGUAAAUAACCACAACUCCUAAUUUUUCCUUUGUUUUAGUGCAAAAUAGUAAGUUUUGAAAAUGUUCACAUUUAAGGAAUUAUCUUUUUACAAAACAUCACGAACAUCCUGAAAUUUCUUGAUAAAAUAAGUUCAAUUUCAACAAUAUUAUGCCUCAGUUUAUCAUUUACACAUUACAACUUCCAAAUCAUAGUGUUUCUUCAAAGGAACACAACAUUUAGUCACAGCUAUCUGGAACUGAAUGAUAUAGUGUUUUACUUCAUGAUCAAAAUGACAAAAGUCAGACAAAAAAAGACAAAAUACAACAAAAACAAGACAAAAUAUUACAAAAAUGAGAUGCAAAGUGAAAAAAGAACAAUGGAAAAUAUAGUAUUUUAUGAUCAAAACAAUUUCUCAAGGUCAAGAAAUUAUUUUUGAAUUUAUAGUUUUACAAAUUUACAAAUUGCAGUUUCUGUCUUCUGUAAUUUUGACACUUUACAAAGUCGUGGACCGGAUUGGACCCUCUGGAGGGCCGCUUUUGACCCACGGGCUGCAUGUUUGACACCCCUGACGUAGAUCAAGUGUGCAGAACUCAACAAAGGAGGAUGCAACAAGUCAGAUAGUGGAAAACUUUAUGAAAAUAUGGCAAUUUUGUUUGUCUCAUCAUGACUUCACCAAAAUUUGAUGUUUACGUCUCUGUGGUGGAAGUCUCAGUGGGGUUGGGAUCCCUUUGGAGGUCACCAGACGCUGAGUAGAAACCACAAAAAGAUUUCCAGAAAUUAAAUAAAAUAGAAAGUGUUUAUAUUUUAGCCGUUAAAUGUCAUAACUCUUACAGAAGUGGAAAAACUAGUCGUUGUGGCUGAACAAUUAAUCAGUUUUCAAAUCAAAAUCGCAAAAUGCUGCAAAUAAGAUAAAUAUUCAGCACCUCUGAUCCAGGGCUUAAACUGUUUUGUCAAUACUUUCUAUAAAUUCAUGGGGUCUCAUGUGGUAACGCUCCAUCACAGUUUUUAAAGCUGCAAAGUGAGAACUGACCUGAAGCUUCACUUGAAAAAAAACUAACAAACUCUUCUAACUUCACACAUGCAUUUUUGUGUCGGUUUAAAUUAUCUCCAAAGGCUUAACACAACUAUUUUUUCCACAUAUACAGACUUUGACGUGGUAAACUGGUGGAGUUCUCCGUCAUGUUUUGCAUCUCUAGUCGAACAGAUAGUUAAAAUAGCGUGAGAAUGCGUGGGUCGGUGUCGUCACUGUGGAAAUAUAAAGCACACUCCCUGUGGAGCCGUAACUGUGAUCUUCUGUAUUUCUGUCUGUCACCACAAAGGAGGGGCUACAGUAUCUUGUGCCUUUUACAUAAACGGUGGAUGUGAUGCAGUGAGAUUUGGAUUAGCAUGAACUUUCUAAUGUAAUAUCAAGUGAUUAUCUCCUCUGUAUUCCUUGCGUAUACUCUAUGUAUAUAUUUUUAUAACCUGCCUGCACAAUGAUUAAUCCGGCCAAGUAUUAUAAUCCAAAGCUGAUCCCUCCUGGGGGAGCCUGUUUUGUGUUGAAUUAUUUGUGCUCUCCUGAGUAGAGGGGUAUGUCUCUGAAUGUUGUGAUGGGUUAUUUAGUGGCAUUAAGAUGAUCUCACAUUUGUCCAAGGUGAUGAGAAUGGAAAUCAAACUAUAUUUUUUUGACGUAAACUCUAUAAGCUAUACAGGUCGUCGAUGGGAAGGCUAACAUCUCAUUUCUCUGGCCUCCUAAACUCAAAGCUGUGAAUAUUCAGAGCGUGGGAGACUUUGCUGAGCCUGGCCGAGCAGUGAUGCGCCUCUCGUAGCGGCGUCCUGUGCUUUCUGGAUGUCUUUGAGUUUAGACCGAGACCGCUCCGUUGGUGAAGGUCUCACGCACAAAGUAGAAAGUACACAUGAAAGAAGUACGUCGCCUGGUUGUCUGCAGACUGGACAGACAAGAGUUUUUGUACUCGUCAGGGUUUUCUACAGAGUAUAUUUCCAGAGCAGGUAUCUGUGCUCUAUCUCACACCCUGGGGCUGUCUGGAAAUUGACAGUGGCAUUAAUGCUGAGUUUCAUUUGGCUGCUAUUAAUAGGCCGGGAUCUGUACAAAGUAUUGUAUCAGGUUAGAACAACCUAAUGGCCUCUGUCUCUUUGGGGAGGCUUGUUCAUUAUAUUUAAAUAUAUAUCAAAAAGGUAUAUAUGAGUCACCUUAAUAUCCUUCCCUGUGAUCAACCUAUUGACCUCUUAUAGGUACAAUAUAGCAAAGCUGCACCCGAAUUUGGUAUUCAAACCGUAUAUUUUACUCGUCCACUUAAGGUUGCACAUGGUACUUCUAGGCAGCAGUAAUUUCUGUCCCGUUAUCUUAAAUGUCUAAUUCAAAUUUGAUCAUGUGUGUACAAUGAACUCUAAUCAGUCGAAUCUCAAGGAUGACAGCAUUAUUAUUAUAAUGGUUAAAAAAUGAUAAUCAAAUGACUUGCCAGUUUCUUUUUUUGUUUUUCCUGUGAAUGACUUGCCAGUGUGGCUUCUUCUCUUCCUUCCCUUCUUUUUUCUCAUUUUGACUUUUAAUGCAAUGCAAUUUCUUGUUAUGAUCUUGUUCUGUUGUGUUUUUUUCUGGAGAUUUUAAUGUGAAGCAGCCUACACUACUCACAGCCCUCGGGGGGUUCUUGCUCUGAGCGUUACCUUGUGGCUCGGACUGUCGUCGUCUACAAUGACCACUACUAAUGAUCACGUAAUUGUAGUGCUGAAAGCUGAGACUUACUUGAAAGUGUUGUUCUUCAAUAAAGUUGAAGACUAGAGAAAGUUGA